CGGGAGCAACAUCACAGCAUGCUGAGAGAAAUUGAGCAACUGAAAGAGCAGCUCCGAUCCUGUAGUCUUCAAAAGCCGUUUGGACUGGAACGUUUUUCUACGUCACCAGAAGACAUCAGAUUUUACACCAGGUUCCCCUCAUAUGAGCAUCUGAAGGCGUUUUGGAACUUGAUCGAGGCAGCAACAGCCAAAAUGGUCAGGGUCACCAGAGCAAAGAAAACCGACGUCAUGAGUACAACAACUGAAACCCCUUUUACCAGACCAACUAAACUGCUGCCAAUAGAUGAGCUUUUUCUUUUCCUCUCCUACCUGUCUACUGGAUGUACCCAGAGGGAACUGGGCCAUCGAUUUAACAUCCACAGAGCAACAGUCAGCCGCAUUAUUGUGACAUGGGCCAACUUCCUGUACUGCUUAUUGGGCUCAAUUUGUGUGUGGAUGUCUCCUGCAGCUGUGAGUUCCAGUCUUCCACAGGAUUUUGAUGGCCGCUACAGUGACACACAAGUUAUCCUGGACUGUACAGAACUACGGUGUCAAACACCUUCAUCCCUGCUCCUCCAGAGUGAAGUCUUCUCCACCUACAAAUCCCACUGUACCUUUAAGGCCAUGGUGGGCAUGUCUCCUCACGGAGCCCUGACAUUUGUGUCAGCACUGUUUGAGGGUUCCAUGAGUGACAAGGAAGUGUUCCGUCAAUCAGGGAUUACAUCACUCUUGACACUGGACAUGGCCAUCAUGGUGGACAAGGGAUUCUUGGUGGAUGAUCUCGUACCUGGGACUGUUCAUCGUCCUGCCUUCCUCUCCAAGAGGGCCCAAAUGUCAGAGGUCGACGUUUUGAAGACCCAGUCCAUUGCCCGUUUGAGGGUGCAUGUUGAGAGGUUAAUAAGAAGAGUUAAAGAAAAUAAACUCUUUGAUUCCACUAUCCCUCUCUCCAUUGCAGGAAGCAUAAACCAAAUUUUUACAGUUGCCUGUCUCCUGUCAAAUUACCAAAAUGGACCUUUGGUCAGGAAAUGGAGAUAUGAAGUUUGACAGAAAAGCUGAUGGCACAGUCUUGAAGAAACAG